CUUCUUCUCGUCGCUGCAGAGCGGAUUGUAUCCUCUCUUGAUGACAGUCCUCUCUCUGAGAUCCAGACAACAUGGUGUGGUUCCGGUUCACAUGGCGGACCAUGUUCGACAGCAGAUACCUGAUGCUCACCAACACCCUGAGUGGAGGAGGGCUGCUGGCGCUGGGGGACAGUGUGCAGCAGAACUGGGAGAAGCAUAAAGAUUCGAGAAGACUUUACGACUGGAAGAGGACAGGCCGCAUGUUUGUGUGCGGCUGCUCCAUGGGUCCCCCGAUGCACUGGUGGUACACCUGGAUAGACAAAAGGUUUGUUGGAACAGCUCUGGGGACAGUCUGCAAGAAGGUUCUGGUGGAUCAGAUGAUUGCUUCACCGACGAUGACGCUGAUGUAUUUUGUAGGUAUGGAUAUCCUGGAGGGACACGGUGUGUUUAAAGGGUUUGAGGAGUUUAGAGAGAAGUUCUGGGAAUUUUAUAAGGCUGACUGGUGUGUUUGGCCGGCGUCUCAGAUGUUCAGCUUCUACUUCAUCUCGCCCACAUACCGCGUCAUGUACGUCAACCUCAUCAGCUUAGGAUGGGACACCUACAUGUCCUACAUCAAACACAGGGAUGACAGCCACCCACCCGCCGUAACAUCAGACAUCAGUGUCGUGGACGAACAGAAGGACGCGCUCCCAUCGUCCAAACCUCUGGAGGAGAAAGCUUCAGAGCUUCAGUGCCAGUCGUGUUAAAACUUGUGACUGCUGUGGUUUUGUUUUCAGUGUGAGUGUGACUGUACGUUACUGCUCUGACAUUAAGAAUCAUUGUUGAUUUAAAGCAGCUUCACUGAUCAUCAGCUGUUUAAACUUCAGUCUGUGAUGAACAUAACUUUAAACUAACUUCAGAACAAACAUACAUCAGAGGAAGUCUGAAUGCUAAUGAUUGUUUUUGUUAUUGUUGAUAUUUUUGAGUUUAUUAUACAUUUAAAUAUUUGAUUUAACUUAAAAAGAUGGAAACAAGUAACU